AUGUCAUACAGUGUAGCACAACCAAACUUGUCACUCCCAGAUCAGUUGACAAACGAGAACCUGUCACAUAGAUUCGCUCAUCCAGUCGAGAGCAUUCAAUUGAAUGCCCAUAAAGUUGAACAAAGACUAAAGAACUACGCUCUGACCAAUGUAUUUGGACAACACAUGCCAGUUAACUGCGAGAUCGAGAGACAGAUAUACUCACAGUUCCACAGAUUGCCAACUCUGCCAAGUUCAAUGGUGGCUUUGGAGACAGUGCUCGGACUGGACGAAGACUUUGAAUUCGAGGACUACUUGAACGAUCCAAUAAUGUCAGAGAAGCAGCUUCCAAACCUUCACGAGGCAAUGGAGAUCAAGCUUGGUCUCCAGCACCCAAAGAACCUCAAGCUC